AUGGCUUCGAAUGAUAAUAAUGACGAGAAACCCAAUUUACGACCAACGAAACGCAUAACGGCCGGUGGUAAAAGCGUUUUUCUACAUCAUAAUCCACGGCAACCAUCUAAUAAAUCUUAUAUACAUGCCGUAUGGAAGAAUGACAAUGAAAAAUCUGCUGACCAAAAAGAUCCAUUUGGUAUUGACCAACCCCAAGUUGAAUAUUCAUUAAAUAAAAAGCAACGAUGGGAAAUUUUGCAUGAUUUUCAUCGAAAUUUACCUUAUCAAUCAAGUUCAUCAUCAGACGAUGAACUCGAUGUACGAUCUGAUUCGGAACAAAACGGAAAAAAUCCUAGGCAAAAAAAGAAAAGUGUUCGACAACGCUUCAAAAACAGUCAGAAAACAAAAUAUCGUUUAUAUGAACUUCAUAAUACCGAGCAACAAGCUAAUUGUGUUAGUAUUGCGAGUAAUACAGGUCCACAACGCAUACAAACACCGAAAAAAACCUAUAUGCAAGAUCAAUCAAGUACAGCAAAAUUACGAAAUCAUCCAACAGCCGGUGUGAAUGCUGCCGGAGAUAAUAAUCGACAGCUUAAUACUGCUGAUGUUACUUACUAUGCUGUUGUACCACCACCAAGAGAAAAACAAUUAGUUAAUAUACGAAGAAAACAUGGCACGAAAGCUAAACGAGCUGUAGCAAGUACUCAACGCUCGAAAUUUACUCAGGUUCAAGGACGUAUGGAUAUUGUCGAACAAUUAGAGGACGAUAACGAACAAACAACUUCUGAUGAUGGUGAUGAUGGCGAUGAUGAAUUCAUAACAUCGACUUAUACGUCACAAAAUCCAGAUAAAUUACAAUUAACUGAUUUUAUUCCUAUUGUAACAACCGAAGAUGUUAUUGCAGUGUCAACGAUAAGUGAAAAUUUAGUAACAGUAAAUAAAUUCGAUCCAAAAGCAUCACGUUAUUAUCUUGAUGAUAUUGAUGGAGAAAAACAAGCGAAAAAAUUUCAUAGACAAAUAAGUCGAGAAGAAAAACUUUAUAAUCGCGACAAAGCUGUUUAUCUUCAAACGAAAAAUGUUCCAUCGAAAGACAAUCAUCAUCAUGGUUUAAUGUCUCUAUCGUUUAAUCCAGUUUUAAUAACAAAAACUAGUUUAACUAUUGAUUAUCUAUCAAAAACCUACGGAAAAAAUUUUAUUCAUGCACAAUGUUAUCCAACAAAAUAUUUAAUUUGUUUAACUGAUCGUUUGAAAUCAUAUAAAUGGCCAAAUAAUUUUCAACUGUUUCCAAUUUAUAGCGUACUUAACUGUUAUCUUGUUCUUGUCUUGAAUGAUGAAAUAUCAAGUGAAGAAAACUUUACGCGCGUACAAGUAGGAUUUAACAUGGAUUUAUAUGCAGAAACAAUUCCACUUGAAUUUGAAAAUUCACUGGCAACAAUCUAUAAAAUAAAUGAAAUAAUCGAACGGACAAUUGAAUUAAUUACAACACUAUCAUUUGAUACAUUCAAACCAAUCGAUGCGGAAUUAAGUCGAAGAAAAAUCGUUAAAAAUGAUGAAGAUAAUGAAUUAAGUGACAGCGAAUUUCUUAACAAACAAAUUGGUCGAAUACGAUUGUUGGAUAAAAAUCCAACACAAACAGAAACAUUGAUUGGUAAUAAUCAACAACUGAAUAAUGACGUCUCAACAGAUGACUAUGAACUACUUAAACCAGACAUAUGUACGAAUUGUUAUCGUGAUAUGGAUGAAACCAUUCCUAUGACUGCAUUGAAAACUUGUGCACAUUGGUUAUGUGAUGAUUGUUGGAGGCAAUAUAUUGAAAAUUCGAUUAAACGUGUCGGUGUUGUUCUCUGUCCGGAAUGGAAUUGUUGUUCAUUGGUUGAUGUUGGUACCAUGCUAUCAUUGGCCAAUGUACGUUGCGUGAACAUAUAUGAACGUAAUUUAGAAAAAUGUCUCGUAAAUUUAUCUCGCUCCUAUGUACAAUGUCCAGCUAAAUCAUGUUCAAAUAUUGUUCAAGUGAUUGGUUCACUUGGUGACAAUGUACGUUGUCGUUGUGGCCAUCGAUUUUGUGCCAACUGUAAACAAGAAGCACAUUUUCCGGCAACAUGCAGUGCAUAUCGUAUAUAUAUGGAUGAAGUAUUUCGAAAUGGUGAUCUUAUAUCUGAUUAUGAUGCCAUAGUUCAAGUCAAAGGAAGAAACUGUGUAUCAUGCCAUAGUUUUAUUGAAAAGAAUGGUGGUUGUAAUCAUAUGACAUGUUCAUGCGGUGCUCAAUUCUGUUGGACUUGUACAGCCUAUUGGAAAGAUCACAAUGCAACAGAUGGAACCUUCCGUUGUCCAAAAGAAGCUGCACCAAUACAAGAAGAAAUUUUAGCUAAACACCAUAGUAAAUCGCGACGUUUUUAUUACAAUGCAAUUUCUCAUCGACGUCAACGUAUAUUUCAAGUUCAAUCUAAACUAAAUGACAACGCUAAACGUCUACUUGGUACAAUACCAUUAGAAAAAGGAACAUUAUUGACUUCUACUCAUAUAAAAUCGCAAAUUGAUAAACGUGAAUCUGUUCUACGUCAUUUAUAUGAAAUGGUGAAAUACGUUGAACAUAUACAUCGCGUAUGUGAAUUUAUAGCUGUUGCGGCUGAAGGUUAUGGAAAUAAUCCAUGUGAAUUUCAUACGGCCUUACAUCCACUUGAAAUAAUUGUCUUUAAUAUGAGUCAAGUAUUAGAAGGCGGACGAGGUUAUAAAGCUAUUGAACAAAUAGCACGAUUACAUGAAUCAAGUGAAAAAAUAAUUGAACGCAUUCGACGUGCUGUUACAUUACGAGAACUUCGUCGCACACAACCAGCGGCGGGCUAUACUACAUCUUGA